AUGGAAAAAGCAAAAGCUUACAUCAAAAAAGAACUACAAACGUCAAAUUCUAAGCCUAAUACAAAUGCGUCAACAAAAAGUGGUGAAGAAAGCUCUAUGACUUGUUUUGUUUGUGGAUCUGUUGGAGCGUCUGACGCAUAUCAACUGCGAAUUAAGCCAAAUAAUGAAAAACCAUCGGAAGCAUACUUUCAAUUUCUAGAAACUCACGAACCGCCUUCAGGGUGUAGCGUUCUUCAACCAAAUCAACAAUUUAUUAAAGCCUGCUACUUAUGCUAUAAUAAUCUUAAUUAUCAAUGGGAUGCUUAUGAACGUGAUGGAAAGCCGCAUAUGCAACGACUUUAUUGGUGUAAAAGAAAUGAUGGCAAACCAUUUACAGGAGCUGACAUGUCUUUACAAGGCGAAUAUGCUGCUCAGAUGCUUGGCCUCGCUAGUGAUGGCAUCUCAACAACACAUUUAAAUCCAAAUCGUUCGUCACAAUCAUCAAAUGAUUAUCUCAACAAUUAUUCACAAGCAAACCUUGAAAAAGCUACCAAACAGAAUGAAUCCAAUAAUGGCUUAGCCAAAUCUGGUGAUAUGUUAUCAAAUAAAAUUCCUAAGACCGAUUCAAAUAGCGGCGGUAGAUUGUCACGUCCAAAUAGUCGCAAUGAACGUACACCCAAUUCUCGUCCACAAUCAAGAGAUAAUCAACAACAACAACAAUCAAUUGCUUCCAAAUCAAACGAUACGGGAUUUACAGCAAGUCAACCAUCAUCAUUUGCACAACGAAAAUUUAAGCUCGCAAACUUUUCGAAUUCUUAUUCGUCACCAUCACCAUCAUUGACAACAUCUGCAAUACAACUCAGUAGUAAUGUUACAUCGUCAUCAGCCAACGUAAAUUUUCCAUCGCAAUCACGUUUAUCAAUGGUCGAUGACGAUUGUUCAGCACUUGACUUGCGCAAUUCUUCCAUUGGCAGUAACAGCGUAAAUUUGAGUUCAAUUCAAGGAAUUGGCAGUAAUAGUAAUUCAUCAACUGGAAGUGCUGGAGGCGGAAGUAUUGGAGGUGGCACUGACAUUCUUGAUUUGUCAAUGCCAGAUAAGAAUUCAGUUACAGAAGUUUGUUAUGUGUGUGGUGAAGAGCAAAGGCGUGGGAGUUUGAUGGAGUUGAGUACUUGCGUUCCUAAAGAUCCGAAAGAUUUCGAGAAGCCAUUCUUUCCUAUUUUUGAUGAGAGUCAUGCCCGUCCAGCAAGAUCUAGACCGAAAGAUCCCAAAGGAAUGGUUCAAGCUUGUAAAGCUUGUUACAAUCAUUUGAUGACGCAAUGGCAAAGUUUCAAUGCAAGGGGAACGCCUGAUGACGAUCGUCGUUAUGCUUUGAGAAAGCGACAAGCAGCACCUGAUCGAACGACUUUUGUUUGUUAUGUUUGUGCGUUAGAUUGUCCGUCAAGUCAAUUAAGACUGGUUUACUGUUGUGCAAAUGCUGAACGUGAGCCUUACUAUCCUUUCAUAAAAACCAAAUCAGCACCGCCAAAUGCCAGUCCAAUAAGUCCACAAGGAAUGGUGCAAAUAUGCGUCUCAUGUAAUCAACAGAAUAUGCAUUUAGCAGAAGGUGGGACACCAGGAGCAAAUCCACAACCACCAACAAAUAAUGACGAUCGACUUGUUCAUUUCACUAAUUCACCAACAAUUAUGUCACAACAAACACAACGCGAGCAAGUGCCUAUUCUUAUUCCAUCCUCCCAAUUAGCCAACGCUCAAUCGUCUCAUUUGUCACUUACCAGUUCAAUGGCACCAUCAGAAAAUUCAUUAUCAAUGGUUCCUUCAAAAUCUUUAAUUCAUGAUUCUUCUGCCGUGAUGAAUGUUAGAUAUAAACCUUACGAUACAUCGAAUUCUUCCAAAGAACAAUAUACAGGACAUUUAACAAUGCAGAAGAGUUUUACGAGACGCGACUUAAGUAGUAAUUCGCCUCAUGGAACGACUGAGAAUGGUCACGGAUUUCCUUGUCACAUCUGUAAACAAGUUUUUAAUCCGAAUCACUUGGAAUGGUUGUCGACAAGCGCGGAACAUAUGAAUUCACAUGCAAUGCAUUUUCCGUGCUUAAAAACGAGUGAGAAUGGUCCCGGUAGGGUUUUAGCUUGUUCCAGAUGUUUCCGUUCAUUGGCAUCACAAUGGGAUUCAAUGGAUGCGAAAAGAAUUCCUUUAGAACAUCGAAGAUACAAUAUUCCAUCUCCAAUUUCGAAUUCGAUAUCGCCGAGUCCAAGAAGUCUUAGCUUGGGUAUAACAACGCCGCCAUUGGCAACAACAACAUCAACAACGUCCAUUUAUUGUCUCGUUUGUGGCUUACAUUCUGAUUUGACACUAGCUAGACUUCUAUAUGCAAACAAAGAGGGUUCACGUCCAUAUUUUCCAUUUCUAAUAAAACACAAUCCACAUCCAAACGCUGAACAACUUCGUUCUGAUGGAUCAGCUUUAGUGUGUACAUUCUGUUAUCAUUCUUUGUUGACACAAUGGCGUAAAUAUGAAGCACAGAACUCUGUUGCGCCUAAUGAGCGUGAAUAUAAUUGGCACGAUUAUUGUUGUCAUCUUUGUGGCGUUAAAACAUACCGAAAGCGUGUUCGGGCACUACCAAUACGAGAAUUUCCUUUUGUGGCUAAUCGUAAGUCAGAUGGUGGACUUUUAUUGGAAAACGGUGACUUUGCUGUCGUCUGUCUCGAUUGUUAUGAAUAUUUGAAUUUGAAAUCUUCCAGACAACAAGCAGCACAAUAUGAGCGUCUUGGUGUUCCUCUUGAGAAGCGAGAGUAUAAUUGGGCACCACAACCACCACCACCUGAAGAUGGACCUGAUGUGUCUGUAGCACGUCUUCCCAGUGGACAAAAGUGCAUUGAUAAGCUUAGAGAACCAACAAUCAUAAAUCGACAUUCACAAAGUAAAAAGAAUAAUUCACCGAAACAUCCUGUAGAUAAACGUCCAACAAUACCACAUCCAGGUCAUCCCAGCAGUGAAAUGAUACAUUCAAAAUAUGCUACGAAACGUCUUGAUGCGAGUCCAAUUCCUUCGUCAUUACAACAUCAUCACAGUCAAGGAUCGAGUGGACAAAUGACAGCAAUUCCAGCUCAUAUGAAUUCACAAAGUAUGCAGCAAAUUCAUCAGCAACAACAGCAGCAACAGAGUCAACAACAAAAACCUCAAAACAGCAUGCAACCGUCAGAUAACAAUCGAAGUAGCGAACAAUCAUUUGCUGCUAAGCUUCGUAAUUUAGCAAAACAUCAAAUUGAUGUGAAAGAUGAUGAAAUGAUGCAACAAAAUGAAAGUAAAAUGUCUAGUAGUAAUCAAAGAUCGAAUGAGAAGGAAAUGGAUGUGAAUCGUCAAGCGAGUUCAUCGCGUGUUAUGCAAUAUGACAAUCGUCCUACUGAUAUGCGUAAUUUAACAUCACCCCAACCGCCAGAUAAGAAGGUGAGACUGAAGGAUGGAACUGAAUGGCAUAAGACAACAGCUAAUCAAUUCAACAACCCACAGAUUCCACGCUUAAGUAGCAGCACAAGUCAGCAACAGCAGCAACAAGCAUCAGCAAAUUUACAAUCAGAACUCCUUGCGAGAAGUGGCUUUCAACCUUACAGACCAGAUGAACGGCAUCUUCAUCCAGCUGGUGGUCAAUUUCCAAUGGAUGCUUUUUCACCGUUUGGACCAAUUCCAGGUCUUCCGUCAAGCGGUUUAUUUAAUCCAGCUGCCUUAUCAUAUCAAGAAGCUUUAUACUUAGAUCCUAGACUACAAAGUAUGUUGCGUUCAAAUCCACAUGCUGCUCUUUAUUCUCAGUUAGCAUCACCAUAUGCAUCUCAUUUAUAUGGCAUAAUGCCUGGAGCACCACCAAAUCUCCCAGCAAUACAUGAACGAAUGAAAUUAGAAGAUGAACAUCGUGCACGUAUUGCUCGUGAAGAAGAGAAAGCUCGAAUUGCAAGAGAAGAAGAAAAAGCUCGUGAACGUGAGAGAGAACGUGAAAUGAGAGAGAAAGAGAUGCGUGAACGUGAACAACGUGAAAAAGAAAUGCGUGAACGUGAGCAGAGAGAGAAGGAAAUUCGCGAGAGGGAAUUGAGGGAGAAGGAAAUGAGAGAACGUGAACAACGUGAAAAGGAACUUCGUGAACGUGAAAUGCGUGAGAAAGAAAUGAGAGAACGUGAAAAACUUCUCCAACAACAUCAUUUUAUGCAAUCACAACGUAAUCCUUACAAUCUGCUUGGACUUUUCCCACAAAUGGUUGGCUUAAGGCCACCAUCAUCGAUGCAUCCUGGAUAUCCAAUGCAUCCAUCAAUGUUGGGUUUAUCACUGCCACAACAAAUUCCAACGUCACUUUCAAGCAGCCUUGGAUUACCGCCACAUCAUUCGCAAUCACUUUCCACGGGCUCAAAUUCAAAUCCAAUCACAAGCUCAGCUGGAAUGAAUCCGAACAUGUCACUUUUAACAGAAAUUGGUGGAAGUAGUUCACUUAUGGGUUUAAAUCAUCCAGCUCAUGGAUUACCUCAUAGUUUGUCACUCUUUCCUGGUAGUCUGCCACCUCCAGCUCAUUUGUAUUCACCUUUGGCAGCGCCAUCGGUACCGUCAUCUAGUUUAAGUAACAGUUCGUAUGGUCAUCCGCUUAUGAAUCCCGUCACGUCACCACAACCUGUCUCAAGAACUUCGUCAUCAGUUGUGUCAACGUCACAGCAAAGUUUGAAUUUAACAAAAAGUCCAAUAUCGUCAUCGUCAUCGUCUUAUAUGAAUAAAAUUGUGGAGCGAGGUGGUGGAGAAAGCAGAAACAUUUCAUCGUCGGAUCAUUCAAAGAACACACAAAACACGACGACGAAUUCAUCAACAUCGUUGUCAAUUGCGACAGUUUCUAUUCCUUCAAUGUUAAAUGACAAGAAUUUCAAAAUUGAAAUACCAAACAUAAGUAAUGGAAGUAACACAAUGAACACAGUUGGUCAUAUUAAAGAAUCAACGAUAGCAACAACGUUGACAACGACGACAACAACAUCAACAAAGAAUGAUGAGAAAGACAUUUCAACUGUCAAAUCUAUUGAGUUGAUAAAAGAUGAAUUUUCAUCGCCCGACGAUGAGAUGAAACCAAUCGUGAUGGAAAAAUCUGCUUCUUUGGAAAGUUCUGUGAAAAUCUCUGAAAGUGAAAAUAAUAAAAUCGAAACAAAAGCAACGGAGAAAAUAAAGAAUGAGAACAAAAUGAAAGCAGAACAUCAACAGCCUCAAGACUUUGCGUCGCCGUUAUCAGAUUUGGAUCAAAAGGAUGUGAAAAACAGCGAUGAUGACAACAACAAAGUUGUGCAAAGUUCGAAUGACAAUAAAUGCAGCGAGUUGGAAAAUACGACAGAAGAUUCAGCAGCCAAAGAUACUACGAAUGAUGUUAAGGAAGAGGAUUUGAAGAUCGAUGAGAAGGUUAAAAAUGACGAAGCCAACGAUGAAAACAACGCAAGCACAAAAGCGAUUAUUGAGACUCUAAAAACAUCCAACAAGAAGUGAGAGAAAAACUCAAAAUUGUGUUGAACAUUUUGUUCUUCAUCAUCCACAAUUUUUGAUUUAAGUGUCUUGUCUUCUUAAACUUCAUGUUAAAUGGAAAAUAAAAUAUUUCUUAAUUGUUCGUCUCAAACAUCUUUUAAGGGAAGUAAAAAGAAGGGAAAAACUUCAUUUCCUUAAAAAGAUUUUUACACAAAUAAUUUCAUUUUAUUUUAUGUUUCUUCUUCUUUUUUUGCUUAAAAUGGAAAACUCUACAUACUUAAAUAAAUGUAAAAUUAAUGAAACUGCUUCAUCCGUAAACGAACGAAAAAAGAAAUGAAAUUUUUUUUCGCGAUGUUUUGUAAAGGUGGAAAAAAUAAAAUAAUAAAAAUAAUAAUAAAAAACAUGUUGUAAUGGUCUAAUGGUUAAAAGAAAUGGAAUCAACCCCCCAAAAAAAACUGUUAAACUGUGUAGCUUAUAAUUUUUUGAAUAUAAUUUGUAAAUAAAUAAAAUUAAUUUUUUUAUAAACAAAAUGUUGUUUGGUCUUUUG